AUGGAAGGGCAUGCUCUAAGUGGGACAUUUGGUUCCUUAGGGACAGGCAGUUUCAAAACAUGGCCCCGAACACGCGCCGGAGUGACCCUCCUGCAGAGCGAGCUGAAACAGAUGCAGGCGAUCGCCUCUGGAAUUCCCCCAGGGGUAGACCCUCAAAGGCAGCUCGAACUGCAACGCAUGGCAGAAAAACAGAAGGUAGCAGCGGAAAGAGUUUCGGGGUGGCAGAACUUGCUUUGCAACGCAAGACAACGCAGGCUGCUCGAGCGACAAUUGCAACAACAGCGAAGGGAGGAAGAACUCCUCAAACAAGACGAGGAAGAAGAUAGACGCCGGCGGGAGCUGGAAAAAGUUUUAAUUGAGAGAGCUGAGGCUGUGGUCGCGGCAAGAGAUGAAAAGAUUAGAUGCUUCACUCGUGCACAAAUGAUCGCGGACACGAUAGCGGGGCAGAGGGAACAGCUAAGAUGGGCAGAGCAAAAGCGUUCCAUGGAGAAGAUGCGUCAACUGGACUUCCUGAGAGAGCAGCAAGAUUUGAACAGGCAACUGGUUGAGAGAGAGCAGCGUGACAAGCAGGAGCAGCAAGCGAAAGCUGUGCAAGCUCAAGCCUUUUUACGGCAACAGAUCGACGAGAUGGCUCAGCGUAAAAAGGAAGAAAGCGAAAAGCUGGCUGCUGAGGCAGAAGCAACAAAAAGGCAACUCGAGGAGGAGCAGAAGGCAGAGCGCGAAGCGGAGAAAGCAAAGCAAGCUGAGUCUAAGCGCCUUUACAGAGAACUAGUGAGAGCAAACGAAGAACUUCAAGAACGACGCAAGGCGGCGGACGUCCAGCAGAAAGCCGAAGAAGCUCUCGCCUUCGCUUGCGCCUCAAAGCUCCAGCAGAGAGAAGCAAUGAUACGGAAGAGAAAGGAAGAACUUAGGGCUUGGGCCUUGGAGAGAAGCGCAAGGCUUACAGCUCAAGGAGCUGCAGCUCUCGCAACUGCUCAGGCAGAAGAAGCCCGUCACCAGGAAAUUCAGGUUGCGCGCUUCGAAGCAGAUGCGAAACAGGCAGAAGAAGCAGAGCAUCUUCGGCGGAUGACCAUGCAGCUGCAGCUGAAAGAGAGUAGAGACGGCCAGGUUGAAGCAAAGCGAAGGGAAAAGGAAAGGAAGACGCUGGAAGACGCAGCAUAUGCUGAGUCCCUCAGCAGGGCAGCAGCUGCAGCACAGGAAGACGAAGAUCGGAGGCUUCAGGAACAGCGUAUGAAGCUUUGGAAAGUGGGGGAAGACCAAAAGCGUCAGGCAAGGGAAAGGCAGCAGCUGAAGAAGCUGCAGAGAGAACAGGCUCUUGAGGAAGAGAGGAGGGAAAACCAAAAAGCGCUUGAGGCCGACUUCAUGAUGCAACGUUUCGCUGAACAAGGCAUUUCAGCAGCAAAAGCAAUAGGAGCAGAGUGGCGCAUUCUUGAAAAGGCCAAGAACAGAUUGUUGCGUCAAAGCAGUUUAUAUAGGCCUCCAACAAAUAAAGAUGCUGAUAGCGUCACGGCAACUCCUCUAUCGCCGACACUUUGCAGGGAACAGAGAACAGUGGAAGCAGGUCAUGGCUCCCCCGUUUGA